AUGCCACAUGAUCUGCAUUAUGAAAACAUGAUAGACCAGAGAUCAGGCUAUUCACAAUGUCUCCUGGCUAGAGUGCCUCUAUACCGGGCGUCCGUCCACGCUGCUAACCAGAUCAAACGCAAACUCUCUGAUGUCAGUUUGCACUAUCAAAAUGAAUUACUCCUUCUGGCCACCUUCGGGCUUCAGACAGCCUCCAGCCAAGCUCAUACCCAAAACACGACCUACAACAACCCCAUUCUUCCCGGUAGCACUCGGAUCCUAGCUGCACAAUCGAAUAACAUGUUCUUGUGCACCACAUCUUCGUUCCUGGCCUCCCCAGGCCGCCCCAUUUUCGCAAGCACAGAUUUGAAGUUGGGAAACUUUGCAUCUACUCUGCGCUUCCGCGAUGGUACUUUCUACUUGACCACUGCUUGGUUAAACCUCGAUAACAGUAACGUUAAAGUUGAGAUUGUACUGUUCACGACCACUGAUCCGUAUGAUGAUAGUGCGUGGAUGAGAUCUUUCUAA